AUGCCGCUUGAGUCCGCCUUGCCGGGAUGUGACGAUGAUUGGAACUCGCUCGAUCAUUUUUAUCCCACGACAGACACGCAUCGAUCUGAGUUCUCAAGGAUAAUACUAACUACCAAACAGAGUACUAUCGACAACUCCUCCGAAAGUUUCAAACUUUCUCAAAACACUCUUCCGAAGGAAACUCGUUCUUUGGUUAGGCUUUUCUUACUCGUGGCAAAGUUGAUGAUGUUAAUACUCCACACAAGGCUCCUCGCACCUAAAGUCUUGCGUGAUUAUUGCUCAGCGGGGUAUCCCUAUGGGCGUAACUGGAGUUUCCUGUGGAGUAUUCCGAUCCCCAAAUGGGCGAUCGUGCUUCUCAUCAUCUUUUUCAUCGGUGUCUGGGCUUUCAUGCUCUAUAUCUUCACGUCCUUGAGUAAGACGCACACUUGGUUUUUGCCCGUAUCCCCUGUCGGUCUUGAUGCUCCAAGAUGGUAUCAGACAUCGUGGGGCACCUCAUUUCUUGCGCUCUAUAUCCCGUGGGCUGGUUCAGGGGGACCGUACCUUGGUCUUCCUCUGUGGUUUUGGAUGCCGUGCAAGGCGUCGGUCAUUGGGUCUAUCUGUGUUAUGGCCGCCCGCGCAACCGAAUCAAACCGUAUCGGUCCAGGGAGCGCGUUCCCUGAUGUCAGAACAUGGGACUUCUUGCAAGGUCUCAAGGGCAGCCCUAUGGCCUCCACUCUAUUCUGGAUAGCGUUGAUCUGCUAG